GCUGGCUACAGAGAGGGAAAAGGACACAGAGGGGGAACGUAAAGGUGCCUCAAGAUGGCCAGGACUCUGGCAGUUUUACUGCUGUCUGUACUCCUCAGCCAAGCAUUUUGCCUGCAGUGCAACACAUGCCAAGGAGAAUAUGACUGCGCUGGAGAAACCAUAACGUGCAAAGACCCCUGGGCAAGCUGCACCACAUCUGUGCGCAAGGCUUCAGUCUCAUUCAUGGACUUCCAGACCGUAAAAAAAGGCUGCGCCCGCCAGCUUUUCCCGUACGAAUCCAUCUCCCUGAACUCGCAUAUGAUGGCUCUUUCGUAUCAGUCGCGGUUCUGCUCCGAGGAUGGGUGUAACAAUGAGACCUAUUUUGUCUCUCAUCCAGCCCCUGCCAAUCACAUGCGCUGCCACACCUGUGCCACCCAGGGCCCAUGGUGCCCCGAAGGUGCCCGCACUCAGAUCAGCUGCGUCGGGGACCAGGACCAGUGUAUCAAUCUUGAUGUCACUGGACACAUGGGUAAGUAG